AUGUCAGUGCCACCUCCUGUUGUUCACACUUUUCCUCGUGUUGAUGACACUAUCUACCACUUUGAGCCGUCUGAAGGUUCAUACGUCUACGAAAAGAUGGAUGAAAUGAAAGAUCAAUUCCUUGAGCUGCGCAAAGAACUGAAAACUCUGAGAGGGAAAGAUUUUUUUGGGAAGAGUUAUAAGUACAAUGUGGAUAUAGCGACUGAUAGAGAUCAAUUGAGGUCGAUGUGUCAGAAGGACAAAGAGACAUUUAAAGAAUAUGCCCAGAGAUGGAGACAAUUAGCUGCUUAUCCGCCUCUUGAAGAGAAGGAGAUGACUAAGAUUUUCUUAAAGACGUUGAGUUCGUUUUACUACGAACUUAUGAUUACAAGUGCCCCCAAUGAUUUUACCGAAAUGGUAAACAUGGGGAUGAGGAUAGAAGAAAGAGUCUGUAAAGGACGUUUGACUAAAGAAGAGGCGUCAACUAGCAAGAAAUACAAUGUUAAGGAUAUGUUUCCCAUUGCAAAAAUUGACGAGUUAUUGGAUGAACUAAGUACUACAUCAAUUUUUAACAAAAUAGAUUUGCGUUCAGGCUAUCAUCAAAUUAUAGUUGCUUUGGAAGAUAUAGAUAAAACUGCUUUACUAUCUUUCGAAAUUCACUACGAAUUUCUUGUAAUGUCAUUUGAGAUUACUAAUGCCCUUUCCAUAUUUCAAUUAGCAAUGAAAGAUUUACCGGACCCUUACUUGCGAUGA